AUGUCGUUCACCUUUGGGCAAUCAAACACGGGAAACUCGGGCUCGGCGUUUGGCGCCUCGUCCACUUCAAACAACCUGGGCACAACCUCCACCCCAGCGUUUUCCUUUGGCUCCUUAGGAUUUGGCUCGAACCAGAACCAGAACCAGCAAAAUCAAAACCAGCAAAACUCAACUUCGGCGUUCGGCAGCCAGCCUUCGGCGUUUGGCCUGUCUGGCUCAGGGGGACUUUUUGGAAGCAAUGCCAAUGCCGCUAAUCAAAAUUCUUCAAACACCACUCUGGCGUUUGGCCUGAAACCUACCGACACUGGAAAACUGGCCUUCUCGGGAUUUGGCUCCAGCAACACUGGUUUCGGUUCGGGAGCCGGUUCCGGAACCGGUUCGGGGGCUGCUUCAGGAUUUGGAUCGGCUUUUGGCUCCAGUACAGGCACGUUUGGCUCAAAUACGGGCGCUUUUGGAUCUUCCGGCGGCGCCUUUGGUCAAAACUCUUCUCUGAACACGUCAGCACCGUCAGGUGGUCUUUUUGGCUCUAAACCGGACGAGAAGAAGGAAACAACGCCUCUGGCGUCUGCAUUUGGCACCUCCAACUCUUCCACUGCCCCAUCUGGUGGUGGUUUUGGAAGUAAUACUGGAGAUGCAGCAAAACCAUCAAGUGGUCCUUUUGGCCAAUCUGGCUCUUCUUCAGGCACCACUGGUGGCCUUUUCGGCCAAAAAGACAAGAGCUCAACUCCUGCGUUUGGUGUAUCGAGCAACAGCAGCACGCCCGCACCAGCAUUUUCGUUUGGUGCUUCUACGGAAAAAAAAGAUGAUAAAAAAACUGACGAAAAGCCCUCAGGUGGUGGUCUUUUCAGCUCGCAGCCUGCUUCUGGGACCUCCAGUGGCUUGUUUGGCCAGCAAGAGAAGAAAGAGUCCAGUGCUCCCGCAUUCAGCUUUGGUGCUUCCAACCUGACAGCAUCUACCUCAGCGUUUGGCUCUACCAAGAAUAAUGAAUCAUCCAAGCCAGCUUUUAGUUUUGGUGCCAAACCUGACGAGAAGAAGGAAAGCACUGGUCUUUUUGGAUCCAAGCCUGAGGAGAAGAAGGAUGACAAACCUAGCCCUUUCGGCUCGAAACCUGAGGAGAAGAAAGAAUCCUCGGCUCCUGCUUUCAGUUUUGGCGGUGUUUCCCUGGAAAAGAAAGAGUCCAGUGCCCCAGCUUUCAGUUUUGGUGAUAAUCAAGAGAAGAAAGAGUCUUCUACCUCAGCAUUCAGUUUUGGCGGCAACAAGACCGAGGAGAAGAAGGACGAUAAGCCCGCGUUUUCUUUUGGAGCAAGUAAACCCGACGAAAAGAAGAAUGAUAAGCCUGCUUUUUCUUUUGGAGCAAGCAAGCCAGAGGAUAAAAAAGAUGACAAACCAGCUUUUUCUUUCGGUGGCAGCAAACCUUCUGAGAAAAACGACGCGAAGCCAGCUUUCUCAUUCGGAAACAAGACGGAAGAGAAGAAAGAUGACAAACCGGCUUUCUCUCUUAGUGGUGCUUCAAAACCUACCUUGAGUUUUGGAAAGGCUGAUGACAAGAAAGAAGAGAAGAAAGAUGACAAACCUUCCGGGUUUUCUCUUGGCGGCAGCGCAAAACCAGCAUUGAGCUUUGGUAGCAAGCCUGAGGAAAAGAAGGACGAGAAUAAGGACGAGAAGAAGGACGACAAGCCUGCGGGCGGCUUCUCGUUUGGUAAACCAGGUGAGUCCACUAAGCCAUCCACAGGUCUCUUUGGCGCAAAACCUGAGGAAAAGAAGGAAGCUGGCGAACAGUCACAGCCGACUCAGGGUCUGGCACUGACUACUCAGGCACCAACUUUGAAGCCUACUAAAAUAGAGCCAAUUCCUGUCUCUUUGGACAACAAAACUAUGGACGACUUGGUCACCAAGUGGUCGAAAAAAUUGACACAGACUUCCUCCAUUUUCGAAACGUACACCGAGAAGGUGAACGAGUGGGAUUUGGAACUCGCCAAAAGCGCCGAUGAUAUCGCCAAAUUACAUCAGGACUCGUCUGAGGUGGAGACGCUACAGCAAAAAAUAGACCAGCAAUUGUUCUUUGUCGAGAGCCAGCAAGACGAGCUCGACAAAGUGUUGGACAAUUACGAGCAACAAGCCGAUCUCUUGUUGAGAAACAUCGAGUUGAACAAUAAUGAAGCCGCUGGUGCGCUUGUUGCAUCUGGUGGAUCUGGUUCAAGCACUUCCUCGAAUACCACUGACCGUUUGAGAGAACAGGCGUAUCAGAAUGCAGAGUUGCUAGAUGAAAGAUUAGAAAGUCUCGGGGACAACUUGGAGACUUUGAUUGGUGACAUCAACUCAGUUAGCGAUGUGUUCAACAAGUCUGCUGUCAAGAGCAUUGGUUCUAAAGGAGGCCAUGGAGAGGAAGCUUCAGUGGAGCUGAUUGUGAAGUUGUUGAACAUCCACCUCGAGAAUUUGAAAUACAUCGAGACCACGAAGGAUACGCUUGAGCUGAAGUUGUCGCAGGUGAAGCAGAGAAGGAGAGGAGCACCACAGUAG